UCGCAUGGCUGAUAUUUUCUCGCUCUGUUCUGUAUUCACUGUUCAAGUUGCGCUUCUUUCUUCGCUUGAGUUUUCAUUUCUCUUUCCUAUACAUUUGAUUUAUUUUUCUCUCGAAUAAGUGUUGAUAAAUCGAACAAUUCAUGAGGGUACGUUGUAUGUAUUCUUUAAUUUUUGCAAGACUGCAAGUACUUGGAUGUUCGUUGACUAAAUAGAGCUUAAUUGGACUGAAGCUCGCGAUCUCUGUUUUUUUAUGCGGAGAUCUUACUUGUAUCGUCAAUGCAUGACUUGAUCUCUCUUGCUGGUAAGUGGGAGUGCAGUGACUGAGACUGACUGUAGCACUUUGUGGAGUGAGUGUUUGAAGUAAUAAACCAUGGCGCAGAGUAAUUGGGAAGCAGAUAAAAUGCUUGAUGUCUACAUUCAUGACUAUUUGUUGAAAAGAAAAUUGCAUAAUUCUGCCAAAGCUUUCAUGGCAGAAGGGAAAGUUGCUACAGAUCCUGUAGCUAUUGAUGCACCAGGUGGAUUCCUAUUUGAAUGGUGGUCCGUCUUUUGGGACAUCUUCAUUGCAAGAACAAAUGAGAAACAUUCUGAGUCGGCUGCAGCUUACAUUGAGACACAACAAAUUAAAGCAAGGGAACACCAGCAGCAGCUGCAAAUGCAACAGAUGCAACUUAUGCAGCAGCGGAGUGCCCAGUUACAGCGAAGAGAUCCUAAUCAGCCUCCCCUUGGUGGCCCCAUGAAUACCAUGAACUCUGAAGGAAUGAUGGGGCAGCCAUCCGCGAGCGUAUUGGCUAUGAAAAUGUAUGAAGAAUGUAUGAAAAAUCCUCAUUCGAUGGAAUCAGAAACAAGUCCAGCUCUUAUUGAUGCUAAUAGGAUGGCUCUUCUCAAGUCAGGAACCAAUCAACAAGGACAGUUGAUGCAAGGGAAUUCUGGGAGCAUGUCUGUUGCGUUGCAGCAAAUGCAAGGACGGUCUCAACUGGCCACUGACGUGAAAGGGGAAGUUAACUUGGGCGCAACUCAGAAAUCUUUGCCUAUGGAUGCCUCAUCUAUUUAUGGCCAGGCAGUUCUUCAGCCAAAGUCUGGACUUGGUGGUGCAGGGUUGAAUCAAAGCGUCACUGGUCUUCCACUGAAGGGCUGGCCAUUAACUGGUCUUGACCAAUUACGGCCAAGUAUGGGUUUACAAGUUCAAAAGCCCAAUCUACAAACCCAAAAUCAGUUUCUUAUGGCAUCACAACAACAGCAGGUGCUAGCACAAGCUCGUGCACAAGGCAACCUUACGUCAACAAACUAUGGAUUUGGAGGAUUGCCUCGGGGUAAUUUUAAUUCAAAAGAUGGUCAACCUCCAAGGAAUGAUGGAUCUUUAUGCUCUCCAGUACAAUCAAAUUCACCAAAGAUGAAGAUCCCCCAAAUGCAGCAGUCAUCCUCUCAACAGCAGGAUCAGUUGCAACAGCAGCAACAGCAACUGCAACAGAAUAACAGGAAAAGGAAACAACACUCCUCAUCUGGACCUGCCAAUAGUACAGGUACUGGAAAUACAGCAGGCCCUUCCCCGAGCUCACCAGCUUCGACACAUACCCCUGGUGAUGGAAUGACUACUGCCAGUAGCCUACAGCAUGUCAAUAGUGUGUCCAAAAGUAUGAUGAGGUACGGUGCAGAGGGAACAGGUGGAAUUGCAUCAUCUACAAAUCAGCUGGAUGACUUGGAGAAUUUUGGAGAUGUUGGUUCCCUGGAAGACAACGUGGAAUCAUUUUUGUCGCAAGAUGGAGAUGGGAAUAUGUAUGGUUCUCUGAAACAAACUCUUAGUGAUCACAAACCAGAGACUUCUAAAGGUUUUUCCUUUGGAGAGGUUGGCUGUAUACGGACAAGAAAUGAAGUGACAUGUUGUCAUUUUUCUUCGGAUGGAAAGUUGUUGGCAAGUGCUGGUCAUGACAAAAAGGCUAUUCUUUGGAACAUGGAUACUCUGCAAACAGAAGCCACUCCAGAAGAACAUCAAUACUUAAUUACGGAUGUCCGCUUCCGUCCCAAUUCAAGUCAACUUGUGACAGCUUCAUUCGAUAAGUCUGUCAGAUUGUGGGAUGCAGCUAAUUCAAGCUGUUGCCUGAAAGAGUAUACAGGGCACACUUCCCAUGUUAUGUCCCUUGAUUUCCACCCCAAGAAGAAUGAUCUUUUUUGUUUCUGUGAUAGUAACAAUGAAAUUCGCUAUUGGAAUAUCAGUCCAUUCUCAUGCACUCGAAUUUCCAAGCAAGGAGGCAGUGCACAGGUUAGAUUUCACCCGAUAACUGGACAGGUGUUGGCGGCAGCAUCACAGAAAGUGGUGUCCAUAUUUGAUGUUGAAACCGACAGGCAAACACAUUCAUUCGAGGAACAUUCUGACAUUGUGAACUACCUUUGCUGGGAUCUCAAUGGCAGUCUGUUGGCUUCUGUCAGUAAGGACUGCAUUAAGGUUUGGUCAUUGGGGUCUAGAGAGUGCAUUCAUGAGCUCAACGCCAAUGGGAACCAAUAUCAUUCUUGUGUUUUUCAUCCAAGUUAUUCGUCUCUCUUGAUUAUUGGUGGAUUGCGGUCUCUAGAGCUUUGGAACAUGGCCGAGAACAAAAGCAUGACAGUCCCAGCGCACGAGAAUAUUGUGUCUGCAUUAGCACAGUCACCCCUCACAGGAAUGGUUGCCUCUGCAAGUCACGACAGUUCGGUUAAGUUAUGGAAAUAAGCAAAGAAGAUCCAUGGCUAUAUCGAGGUCGUCCCUUUACGCGUUGAAGGGAGUGUUGUUGUCUUUGGUAAACCUGAAGAUUUCAGCUCUCUCUGAUGGUAAUUUCAAUGCCCCGUAGGUAAUUAGUCCAUGUGGGGAACUAGUUUGAUUAGUGGUCUUACACGAAGAAAGACACAGAAUCCAAAUAAAUGAUACUAAAAAUUGUUGUUGUCAAACCGUAUUGAUGCUUAAUUGUUUCAUGGAUAUGGGUGAUUAGGGAUUUUUAUUGAUUGAUGGCAUUUUGUUUUAUUGUAUAAUUUGUUUAGUCGACGCGGUAUAACCGUUAGUUGGAACAGCAAGCAUGUAAUUAUGUCUGCAUUUGAAUAUGACUUUACAUUUGACGAUUUUCA